CUGCUUGUUGGCUUGACAACCAGGUGUUUGGUAUAGACGAGACGCUUACAGCCAGUGGUUGUACAUAUUUUUAAGCUUAAUUUUCUUAUUUUUUUUUUUACCAAACUAGAUGGCAGUGAACUUGCACUCAGUAGCUUUUCAAGUUUUCAAUACAGAAAAUAGUGGUUAAUUAUAUACUAAAUAAAAGAGUAAAGAGUUUCAUAAAUGGAUGUAAUCAGCGAAAUUAAUGAAAAGUAUUCUGCAUUGGAGGCAGAGAUCGAUAAGAGGUUGGAAAAAAUCAAAGCCGAUGAAAAGAAGUUGGAAAAGUUGCAGGAGCAAAACGGCAACCAAACUGCAGCGCAGACAACUAAAGUUCUCUCCUACGAAGAAUCAAUCGCGAGAAAUACAAAUUUACUCAAAUCAUUGGAAAUAGCCAAAGCGCGUUUACGUUCGCGUUCCACUUUCUCGCCAGUUGAGCAAAUAUUGGAAAAGGCAAUCGCAAACUAUAAAAGGGACUUGGAAACGUCACAGCAACUAUCUUCACGCUUCAAACAAGUGCAAAUUUAUGAAGCGUCACCAGCUGCAGGCACUGAUCGAGAAAAUGGAGACCAAGAAUAGAGAAGUCAGGGAAAAUGACAUUCAUACACACAUACAUAAACACAGAUAGGCUAUACAUGCAUAUUUAUGUAUGCAGGGGCGCACCC